AUGGCACAGCCUCCGAUAAUACUCUUCACCUACGACGGCUCUGUCUUCGGACGGAAGAUGGACUGGUACUUCGGACUCAGCGGUCUGCAAUACUCCAAGUGCAUCACACUGAACCGCCUGCCACGCCCAGUCCUCGAGAAACUCGGUGUCAAAUACCGACGCAUCCCAAUCUUGGCGAUUGGCCGGGACAUCUACUGCGACACACGAAUCAUAAUCAGAAAACUAGAAGAACUAUUCCCACAAAACAGCGUAAGUUCGAAGAAACCAUUUGAGAAGGGCCUCGAGCACCUCUUCGAGAACUGGCUCAUCGACAGCGGUCCCUUUUGGAGGACCGCCGGCCUCAUUCCUCCGGAUGCACCCAUCCUCGAUGACCCGGAGUGGUGCAAAGACAGGCUGGAGAUGACUGGGAGGCCUUUUGACGGAGAAACGCUCAAGAAAGCACGCCCGGAGAAUUUGGCUCACGUGCGGACAUACUUUGACAUGAUGGAGAACGAACUGCUUGCUGAUGGAAGGGAAUUCCUUAUGGGUGGUUCUGCCCCUACUUUGGUCGAUGUUCACGGCAUUUGGACGUUCCACUGGGCGACAAGUAAGGACGUGGGCUUAGGGGUGGCAUUGGAGAAGGACAACGUCAUCAACGAACAAUACUAUCCGAAGACUUUUGCAUACGUCGAUCGAUUUACGAAAGCCUUGGCCGAGAAGCAAAGACAGAAUGGAGAACCAAAGCGACUGUCAGACGAUGAAACACUCAAGAUGAUCCUUGACGCAGACUUUUUCGAAGUAGAUGGUCAGAUUGAUGAGAGAGAUCCAUUGAAAUUGGAAAAAGGCCAGACAGUGGAGACUUGGCCUGUGGAAUCCGGAUUUAAUCAUCAUGACAAAGGCGAACUGCUGUCAAUUGGUGUCAACGAGGUCGUCAUCGCAAGUAAGCCCCAGAUUGGUAGUGGGACAUUGAGGAUUCAUUAUCCUCGGACGAACAUUCGAAUCAGCCCCGUGACAGAGUCGAAAUUGUGA